AUGUCUCGCGAGCACGUCCUUGUUACCGGCGCAACAGGCGUGGUCGGCCGCUCUGCUAUGCAAUACUACUCCGAGAAAGGUUACAGAGUCACAGCUGUAUCUCGUCGCCAGCCGUUCAACACAUAUGGAACUUCGUGGCACUCACUCGACCUUUCGGACGCCGAAGCAUGCAACAAGCUUCUUUCACCUCUCACUGACAUUGUCCAGAUAGUCUUUGCCGCGCUCCACGAGGAGGCCGAUCUCCAGAAAGGCUGGCAAGACAAGAAGCAGAUUGACCGGAACCAGAUCAUGUUGUACAACACCAUAGAGGCCGUUGCGCCACACGCGAAAACCCUUCGAAACGUGACGAUUCUUCAAGGACCGAAAGCCUACGGCGUGCAUGUCCACCCCAUCCGACAUGGAUCGCGAGAGGAUCGUGAUGAAGAUCGUAGCAUCGCCAACUUCUACUGGACGCAGGAGGACUACCUAAAAGCACGUCAACAGGGUCAAGACUGGAGUUGGAACGUUCUGAGACCUGGACUGGUGAUUGGGAUGAGUGUUGGUGGAGCCAUGAACCUGUACGGUGCAAUCGGGGUGUAUGCUGCUGUUCUGAAAGAACGGGGUGAGCCACUAUAUUACCCAGGAGAGGGAUUGGCCAUUGCACAAUCCACAGAUGCCGACUUGAUCGCACAAGCUUGCGAAUGGGUCUUGAUCGAGCCCAAAGCCAAGAACCAGUGCUAUAAUUUCGACAAUGGGGAGCUCGCAAGCCUCAAAGAGCAUUGGGAUGUCUUCGCAAAGGCACUCGACAUGGAGACGGGUGAAGAGAAGCCGUUCGAUUUUGUCCAAGGUCUGUCCGGCUUUGGAGAGGCUUGGGAGACGAUUCGUCGGAAACAUGACCUAAGGAGUCCAGAUAUUGAUGCUUUCCUCGGACAGAGCGGGCAGUUUUCGAACUUCGUGCUUGCAAGGGCGAGUCGUGCCCCAACGACGAUGAGUUGCGUGAAAAUUCGACGGGAUGGGUUUAUGGGCACUGUUUACACAGAUGAGAUGAUUCGGAAGUGGUUCAAGGCCUACCAGCAAGAGCGACUGUUGCCGGCGGUCGUUGCUUAG